AUCCGAUAUCCGAUGUAUCGGAUGCGACAUCAACAACCCCAUCGGACUCGGCAGGGCAGCCAGAAAUUCGAGCGAUUCGCGUUAAAAUCUGGCCAAGAAAAAAUACCUAAAAGUCGUUGUGAUUAGUGCCCGGUGUUCGUGUUGUGCUAACUAAAACAAUUUCAUUCAAUUAAACGCAGCUUUUCUGCGUAGUGUGCGAGCGAGAGGGUCGGCCGCUGGGCCCGAUAGCCGAAACGCGUGCGCCAGAAAGGGACCGGCAUAGCUAGCUAGAAAAGAAUCAUUUUGUAGCUGCUUUGUUUGUGUGUUUGGCAUUCACAUUUUCCCAUUCAAUAUUUAAUUUAGUGAGCCAUUAAGGGGGCGCAAAUCGGCAUUAUGCAAAAGACAGUGCUCUAGUACAGCCCGAAAUCCGUACGAUAAAUAGUAUGUGCGGAAGAAACUUGCCUGACAUGGACGCAUGGAUCAAAAGUUCGCUGUAAAUAGAUUAGGCAGAGCGAUUAACAAUGAAAACAAUAACGCCGGAUACGACGACGACGACGGCGUCGCAGCACCAACAACAUCUCAUUCCACAAGCGGAUCAGCAUCACCAGCCGAUGCUGCAGCAGCAGUCCCUGUUGGCCGCUCCGCCGCCUCCGAUCAUAAUGGAGCAUGUCAAUCUGGUGGACGACGACGAAAAGGAUCCACUUGCACUGGAGCAGGUGGAGGUGUCACCCUCCACCAAGCACACGCACAGUCUGAGACGCCACCUGCCACGCAUUAUCGUGAAACCCAUACCACCUGAGAAGAAGCCGAUGGCGCCCAGUGAAGAGCCAGUCGUCAGUCCUGCACCUGCGCCGGCACCUGCUCCUGCUCCACCCACGCGCCUCAUCUGCAGCCGACGCAUCCAGCAGCAGCAACAGGUCAAAGCGGCUGCUGCAGCGGCGGCUGCGGCAGCGGCAGCAGCAGCAGCAGCUGCAGCGGCCUCAGCUCAAGCCCAGGCCGCCGCCAACUACCCAUCCGCCAUCUCACCCGGUAGCAAGGCCGGCUCCUCGCAAGCUUCGACCAUGCGGGAGGUCCUGGCCUCCAUACCCGGCUUUAGUGUUAAGCCUCGUCGGAGGAGCAAUAAAAAGCUGACUACAGCGGCGCAAAUCGAGCAAACAAAGGACGGCAAGAUCGACCUGGAGACGCCAGACUCCAUACUGGCCUCCACCAACCUGAGGGCACUGCUGAACAAGCAAACGUUCUCGCUCCUGCCACCGCUCUAUCAAUACAAUCUCAUACAGCUGCUGCCCAGCGUGGAUCGCGAGACCAGUGAACUGGAGCUGCCCAGCAGCAGUGGCAGUGGAGGCAGCCCCUCGGAAGCUAUACGGCUCAGUGCCUCUUGCCUGAACAACGAGUUCUUCGCCCGAGCCUGCCUGGAGUGGCGGGAGCGGUUAAGCGAAGGCGAGUUCACUCCGGAGAAUCAGCUUAAGCUCAAAACAGAGGCAGAGCGCGAGAAGAACAAGCUGGAUCCCUGGAAGCUGAAACACUUUGAGCCCUUCUGGGGCGAGAAGAGUUCCAGGAGCAAGGAGAAGCCAGAAGGUGACGCCAAGGAUCAAAAGCUUUUGGCCAGCGUUAAGAGUGAGCCUAAACCACCAGCGACAUCGCAACAAAAACCACAGCGACAACAAGCAACAUGUGAUAAUGAGACUGAAUUAAAAUUUGAUUUGAGCACAAAGUGCGAAACGACAGCAGCAACCACAAAAACUACAGUAGCAACAACAGUAGCAGCUAAAUCAAGCACACCUGCCACCAGCAGCCAGAAUAGUGUGCUAAACGAACAGCAACGCCGUAUCCUCAAACGUCCAUCGAGUAGUCCUUCGCAGCGCAAGCAGGCCCAGGCACCCACAACGAUAGCCACCAUAACGCUGGACGACGAUCCCGACGAGCUGCCCAGCACAUCGAAGGACAGCAAGCAACCGAAGAUGGCCGAAAUUGUUCCUAAUGAGUCAGGGAAUGUUGCUGUUGCUGUCGCUGCCCCAGCGCUUGAUCUUGUGGAUCAUGCCACAGCAGAAACCAAGAUCAAGGAGGAGGAGCAGCAGCCCCAACAACAACAACAUCAGCCACUUAUCAACAGUACCUGUGAUAAAAUUGAGCCAUCUGAGUGCAGUGAGGAGGUGAUCGUUGCCAUCAAACAAAUGGAUAAUGUUGAGGAGGUCGAACCUGUUGCUGCUGCUGCUACCAUGACAGCGAUUGCUGCUGUAACCCCAGCCGCACCAAAGCCGGAACCCUUGGCAACCAAUCCGGAGGUGGUCAACCAGUUUGUAAGCUACUUGCAAAGCGUUGAACUAGCAGCUGAAACCAAAGCGCCUUUGGAGAAUACAAACGAGGCAGAUAUUAUGACAGGAACAAACAGCCAUGAUUUCGUUUUCGCAGAUACAAUCGAUCACGCCUAUUUCCAAGACCAUCAAUCAACCAUCAAUCACAACUACUACACUUCAUCUUCAUCGUCCAACACGGCGACCACUGCAGCUAAUAAACUGGAAGAGCAUAGUGAUAAGCUGGAGGACUCACCGAUGCCCAUUGCAAGCUCAAUUUCUGGGUCGACGCCGGCCAGUUCGAUUACAUCCACCAGCUGCACAUCGUCCUCAUCCUCCACCGCCUCCAUGUCGUCAUCGUGCUCCAGCAGCAAUUCCGGAUCAACGACGACCGCGCCGACGACCUCGUCGUCAACCGGGACAGCAACAGCUCCACUGACGCUGGUGACUACAGCUGAAACCACUUUGGCAAAUGUUCAAGCCAUGCUCUCAACGGUGGCUAAGUUGCAGCAGCAACAACAGCAGCAGCAACAGGAGUUGCCCGUUGAAUUAAACUCUACUGAAAUGUACCAGCAUGUGCAGCACGAUUGGAACUUUGGCGACAUUAAAUUGAGCAGUUCACAGUCGAGUGGGGAUCAGCAGCGAAACCUUAGCCACGAAGGUAUUGAUCUGAUGGAUGUGGUGCAAGAUGCCGACGUUAUCGACGACAUAAUGGAAAACGAUGUGUGCCACGAAGUGCUUGAUGACGAAGAUGAGGACGAUGACCAGGAGGAGGAAGACGAUGAGGUGGUGGAAUGUAUCACGGAGGAUCAGCAGGGGCAGCAGAUUAUGGACGAAGACAGCGAAGUCGUGCGCGAGAUAGUGGAUAAACUGCAGCAACAUCAACAGCAGCAGCAGCAGCAGCAGCAUCAGCAGGUGCAUAUCCAAGAUGUGGUGCAACUGUCGCAGCAUUCGUUUAUGCCGCAAGCUCAUAGCGAAUAUGGAAAUGAUAUCGGCCAGGAAAUGCUCUGCGACACAGUUCCAAUGUCUGCUGCCGAAAUGGAGGUGUCUAGCACAGUUAUCACCAACAGCAGCAACAGCAACGACAGCAGCAACAAUCUAAGCCUUUGCAGCAACAGCAACAGCCUCACCAUCAGUCAGCUGCCGCAGCAAACAGCACAGCAGCAGCAGCCCCAGCAAAACGCACAGCAAAAUGCACCGCAGCAGCGACAGAUUUUGGUGGACUCCAAUGGUCAGAUUAUUGGAAACUUUCUGCUACAACAGCAGCGCCAGCAACAACAACAGCAGCUACUACAACAAUUUACGCUGCAGGCGGCUGCCGCACAGCAACAGCAGCAACAACAACAGCAUCAACAACAUCAGCAGCAGCCACAACAGCAAGCAACCAGUAGCAACGCUUUGACCAAGACAUUACCAGUGGCUCUACGCAACGGAGGACAACAGUUCUUGUCUCCCAAUUUGCUUGCCCAACAACACCAGCAGCAACAGCAACUGGAGCAGCAGGCUGCUGCACAACAAAAGCAACAGCAAAUUCAGCAGUUUGCCCUGCAACAGGCCCAACUGCAUCAGCGACAACUACUGGCCCAGGCCGCUAACAACAAUCUACUGCAGCAGCAGCAACAACAGCAGCAGCAAAAUGUUGCUCCAGCGACAACGCAGUCCAAGUUCAUUGCCAAGCCACUGAAUAUCAUCUCCAUGACGCGACCUGCCAAUGCAUCGCCUACCACAGCAGCAACAACAGCAAAUUCCGCAACUAUUCCGUCCGCCUACGCUAAUGUUGUUGCUGUGACAAGCGCGCAACAAUCGCCGCCAGUACCUGCCCCCCAACAACAACAGCAGCAAACAGCCCAGCAGCAACAGCACCAGCAGCAGCAACACCUGGCUAAUCACAACAGCAAUAUGCAGCAGUUGCCCACUAUUCCCAAUGUGCUGACGAUGAAAGCCUUGCCCCCAUCAGGGGUGCCAACCACCAUAGCGCAGCAGAGGUUGCAGCCAAAAAUGCCAACGGGCAAGGGCCGCAAGGCCACCAGCAACAGGUUGCCACCGGGUGCGGUCAAUCUGGAGCGUAGCUAUCAAAUCUGCCAGGCCGUUAUCCAAAAUAGCCCGAAUCGCGAAAACCUUAAGGCGCAACUGCGCCCGCCUGCCGCCAUUCUCAACCAGCAUCAGCCGACGGCAACUACUGCGGCGACGCCCGUCAACCCGGUGACCCUAAAUGUUUCAACGGUAGCCGCCACACCCAUGUCCAACGUGACGACGGCUAGCGGGAGUAUGGGAGCAGCAGCUGUGGCCGCAGCCCCGCCGCAGAAUAUUUUGAAGCAGGAAGAACUGUUGGUCAGCGGAGCCGUUGGGGCAGGGGCUCUGCCCGCUGGAUUGCCGCCUAAUGUAAUGGGUGUCGGACGUCCGGGAGUGUAUAAGGUCAUUGGUCCCCGAAUGAGCGGCUUUCCGCGAAAGAAAUAUGUCCAAAGAAAGCCCUCGCCCACCACCAUCAUCCGUCAUGUGUUCAAUCCAGGUUCUGGCGGAGCUACAGCUACUCCCCAACAGUUGCAGUUACUGCAGCAGCAGCAUCAUCAAUCGGCCACUUCGCCAGUGCCAGUGUCAGUGCAAAAUCCUCAGCAGGCGGCACCGGAGCAACUGAUCCACCAGAAUGGUAGCGGUCAGUAUGUUCUUGUUCACCGCGCAAAUGUGGGUGCAGCUGACAAUCAAGCGCCUAGGGCUUCCAGCGCCCCACCGAUGCAUCAAAACCAGUUCGUUACUGUUCAGAAUCCGCUUCAAAGCCUGAACGGCAUUACCAUGGGUGGACGCGGGCGUCCAGCCUCGGUGGAUACAACUGCAGGCAGCGGCAACGUUAUGUCGCCAGCGAUGUCCGGCACUGAUCCGUUGCAUCAUCACCACCACGAGCUGCAGCAACAGCAACAGCAUCAGCAGCCGCAGCCGCUGGGCAAUGUGAGCGCCGCCGCGAAUAUUGUGCGGCGCAAUAUCGCUGCAGGACCUAAUAUCGCCUACAUCGACGGCAGCAAUACCAACUCAUCGUCCGUCUCCCUCAUGGAAGCUGGCAACAACUACAUUGUGACGACCAACGCAGCACCAACAGCGGCACCUUCGCCAGUCAACCAGCAGCCACAGUCACAGCCUUCUGCUGCGCAGCAUCAGCAUCCACUGCUGCAAUUGCAUCCGAGCGGCGAGAACACUCCGCCAGGCAAUGAGGCAGCAGCAGCGCCAAACAAUUGUGCCUGCUCACUAAACGCCAUGGUGAUCUGCCAGCAGUGUGGAGCCUUCUGUCACGACGACUGUAUCGGUGCGGCUAAACUGUGCGUCGCCUGCGUGAUAAGAUGAGAUGGAUAACGUAUUAUAGUUAUUUAGAGACCCGUAUCUGUAGUCGAUCUCAGUAGAGAGAGAUACCGAAUGUUUGAAUUGUGAACUGUAGAAAUCGAUGAGAGAAAAGGCAUAAACCAAGUGUACAACCAACAAAGAAAAACCAUGCAAGUGCAGAGGCUUACGCACAGACGCAGUAACGGCAACCAUACAUAAAUGUAUAUUAAACUUCAUUUGCAAUUCAUGUAAACUAAGCAAAACUGGCAAUUCGUAACACUUUUUGUAUAAAGAUAGGGAAGACAGACGAGGAGUUAAGCCUAAAAUGCAAGCUAGUGUUGUGUGUUGUGCUUGUUGCAUAUCCCUAAAGAUACUCGUUGAUUUUUGUGAUUGUUUAAGGAUAUCACAAGCACUCUAAAAAAAACAAUAGAUUUCGAUAUGAAAGCUAUCAUUUAAAUUACAGCAAAGUAAAUAUGAAGAGAACUACUUCAAUUGUAAAUAAAUCUAUGUUUAAAUGUAAUUUAUAUGGAACAAUAUGAACUACAUACGAGGUUAGGUUAGCAUAUGGACUCUCUCACGUCUAAUGACUAUAUUUUUAUAAUUUAUUCGUGAUUCGGUUGGUUCGAUCUAUGAAUAUACGAACAUGAUCAAUAUACUUAUUGUUAGUUAAGUAAACUAUAAUUCACUGUGUAAUUUAUGAAAUAUUCAUAAUGUAUUUUGAGAAAGCUUGGGCCCAGCGCCUAAGCUUUAAUUUGUAACUCUCUAAGUUUAGUAUUAUCCACCCGACAACACCCACAUACACACUCACCCAAGCGAUUUAAGACUCUCCACGCCCACAUUUCUUUAGCAUGUAGCGCAUAAACGUAAAUGUAAUACACGUAAUUGAUUUCAAAACGAAACCCUAUAUGUUAAGCUAAAACUGUUGAUAAAUACGAAAAUACAUGAAAAAUAUGAAAAGAAAAAAAAGAACUACAAAAUGGAAAAAAGAAACCAGUAUGAGGAAAUUAAAUUAAUUAUAGCCAGAGUAAAUCAACAGCAACAUCAGCAAAAAUCAAUGGCCAGAUAAAUCCAAAUUCAAAAACAAAACCUUAACGAAGAACAACGUUUUGCUCCUAGAUGCACUUACCGCAAAAUUAACCAAUAAAUAAACAUUAUUACAAAUAAAUUUGAAAAUAAGAAAAUAA